UCAGCUGAUCGGAAGUGAGUUUCACCAAAAUUGCCAGGCUGCUUUAGCAGGGUAGGAAUGGCGGAUACCAUAGCAGAUACGAGGAGGCUGUAUUCCAAGCCCCAGAACCUAAAUGACGCAUACGGACCACCAAGUAACUUUCUAGAGAUCGAUGUGGCCAACCCUGAAACGAUUGGCGUCGGGCGAAACCGGUUCACAACAUACGAAAUCAGACUGAAGACCAAUCUGCCCAUCUUCCGCCUGAAGGAAUCACGGGUGCGGAGGAGAUACAGUGACUUCGAGUGGCUACGAGGAGAGCUGGAGAGGGAAAGCAAGGUCGUGGUACCGCCCUUGCCUGGAAAAGCCCUGUUUCGUCAGCUGCCCUUCCGUGGAGACGAUGGCAUCUUUGAUGACUCUUUCAUUGAGGAGAGGAGACAAGGUCUAGAGCAGUUUCUCAAUAAAGUGGCUGGACAUCCUCUGGCCCAGAACGAACGUUGCCUUCACAUGUUCCUGCAGGACGAAUCUGUAGACAAGAACUACACGCCAUCCAAGAUCCGAAAUGCCUGAACGUGCCCCAGCCCCAGCACCGCCACCACCACCUCGUCCUGUCAGGUCCCGUCAGACUAGCCAUAAUGCUCCCCUUAUUACAAGAAAUCAGGUAAAGCUGUCCAUGAGAAAUUAGACAAUCCAGGUAAAAAGAUGGAAAAAAAAAUAUAUAUAAUAAGAAAAUCCUAAAAUGUCUUGUCUGAUGGGCUUGAAUAUUGCUACAGUCUCACAACGAACUCGUCAUGAAUGACACGUUGACCAGGCCUCAAUAUAUCAACAACUCCCUCCAGUCAACCCUCUCCAAAGACUUCAACUCAAACCAGAGUUUGACAGACUCUCUCCAACAUGCUCUUAUAGGCCUACUAGAAGAAGAGACUUGGUGUUGGCUCAGACCCCAGAUUAGCAAAGAUUAAACCCUUUCCAACACACACCACCACAAAAACAACUAACCCGAUUGGGCAACGCAUGCCCAAAUUAAAAAUCAAUUCAACUUCAAUGUAUGAUGUUGCAAGUUAACUUUAUUUUACUUGAAGCUUUGCGGAGCUAAGAUCACUGAAAAAGAGGCAGUGCUGCUGUACGGUAGGAGAUAUACUGGUGCUUUCUUUCUAAGGUCCUGGAGGAAGCUAUGGGUUUGUACACGUCUUAACAGCAGCUGCGUAACCACUGAUUAUGAAAGAUCCUUUUAAGCUUGAGCAAAGACCCAUUUAUCACCAGUACCACUCAAGUGGCAAAGACAAGUAACCUGACUCAAUCGUUAUAACUGAAGGAGUGCACUGCAAAGGUGGUUCAGUUUAGUUAACCCAAUGGUUAGGCGCAAAACUGAUCAAAGAAGAGCCUGUUAGUAUUGAUUUAGUGAGGAGAAUGAAGUCCUGCAUGGGCUAUUCCAGGUUCACAGUAGCCAUUGGGUUAACUAAACCAGUUUCACCUUAACCUUGUUGUACAUCUCCCUGAACGUCAACUGAGAACCAUAAGCACUGUAAAAAGGCAUGCAUGUAACCACCUGAUGAAAGCAGGCUGUGUGGCUAUGUGCUGUGUUGUUUUAUUUUACCAAGGGCAUGAAUGUUCCAAACGUACAUGAUAUUAUUGUGUUAAACCAACAUAGAAACACGUUCAGCUCAUACAGUAUGUUGACAUGACAUUUUGUCAGUAGGUUUUAUGCAGCACUUUUUACGUCUGUCAAGAUGCUCUUUUAUUGUACUUCCUGAUCAUUGUCUUCUGUGUAAAUUCAAACUUUGUCGUUUCCGACGCCAACUUUUAACUAGUGUGAAUUUAACCACAUGACUCUUUUUCUUUCUUGUGGUUCAUUUAAUUUAAUUCUCUCUUUUUUUUGUCUGUGAACACCACUAAAAUUUGUAUGUUGUCCGUCUUGUAUUGCUGUGAGAAUUAUGCUCUUUGAGAAUUAUGAUGAACUUCCUUUGGGAAAACGACCAUGCAAACCAAAAAUAACAAUAAAGAGUUUUCAAAUAAAAUAACCACAAAGAUGAAAACACACACAAACACACACCUGUAUGCAACUCUUAAAACCGAAUACACACACUCUCAUUGUCCACCCUCAGCAGCACACUUUGUAGAGCGUCCCUUCAAAUAUAUAAACUUUUGACACACAACAGUGCGUUUGUGUGUGCACAACUGCAAGUGUAUUAAAAAACACUAGUCUUUUGAAGCCUCAGCAAGAUUUUAUAAUAGACACACAAACGUUUUCUCUCUGUCACACACAGAUGGACACACACACACACACACACACACACGAACACACAAACUCACACACAAACACGUACAGGCACACCCGAUGGGAGAGUUUGCGUUUAUAUGGUGCAUGUAAGGAGAUUUGUAUACAGCUCUUGCCAUUUGUUUAUUUUGAGAAAUUUUACAAUAAAACAGGUCAAACACGACACGUCUUUUA